AUCAGCCUGCGACACAACAAAACACCACUCUUUUUUGUGGCGGAGACAGAAAAUGUUCGUUUGUGUCUAAAUUUUAUUCUUUUUAACUUCGUUUUAACCACAAAUUAUUUACACAAACAACGCGAAGUUUGUCCUUGUCCUUUUGUUGUUGUUGUUUAUUUAAACACGCGGUGUCACAGUUGGAACGGUUAACGACAGAAUGACGAUAAAAAUGUAAUCCCUGUGUCACAGCGUCUUCUUCUUCUUCCUCUUCUUCGCCGUCAUGAGCGACAGCGACGACGAUGACUUCCCCGCGCUCUCUGCUCACACGCUCGCCGCCCUGCAGGAGUUUUACACUGAGACCUGGUCUGGUUCAGAUCUCAGCAGCUCGACGCAGUCAGACCAGUUUGCAGUGGGAGCAGUGGAGGAGGACUGGAGGAUGAGUCAGUUCUGGUACAGUGAUGAAACAGCGACUCGGUUAGCUGAAGAGGUCGUACGGGAGGCUGGAGAGGGAGGCAGGAUCGCGUGUGUGAGUUCUCCCAGUGUUUAUCAGAAGCUGAAGCAGGGCGUCGUGGAGGGUUCUCAGCGAGUGUCCGCCGUCGUCUUCGAGUACGACCGGCGCUUCGCAGCCUACGGGGACGAUUUCGUUUUCUACGACUACAACGAGCCACUGUCCUUCUCCGCCGACGUCCCUCCUCGGAGCUUCACCAUGGUCUUGGCCGACCCUCCGUACCUGUCUGAGGAGUGUCUGAGGAAAGUGGCCAAAACCAUCAAAUACCUGAGUAAAAGUAAAGUUCUGCUGUGCACAGGUGAGGUGAUGGAGAAUUUGGCCAAAGAACUUCUGGACGUGACAAAAUGUCGCUUUCUGCCCAAACACAACAGAAACUUAUCCAACGAGUUCCGCUGCUUCGUCAACUAUCCGUCUCGCCUGUUGUCCUGCUGAGGACACAUGAACUGGAUUCAAAGACACUUGAUUUACUGGAUUUAUGACUGUUGGAAUGAAAUAAGUUUAUCCGUUUUAGUGACAAAGAAGCAAAACAUCCACUCAUGUAGCAAAGGGUGUGGAAUCUGCUAAAUGUAGUUCAGAUCUUGGAUAUUCUGUAGCCUGUUUGGAGGUACAACAUAAAAAAAUGCAACUUAAGCAUUUUGGUUUGUAUCGAACAUUUCUUUAGGGGAGAAAUGUUCUUUUAAAGGUGGAGGUGUUAGGACCCCAGGGUCAAGACUGCUUCUUCCCUGUGUGUAGUGUCUGCAUGCUAGUGUGAGAUGGGUUGUAGGUGUGCAUGUUUUGGGUGAAUGACCUAUGUGAGUGAGUCUAGGGUGGAUCCUGGGAGCUGAUUGGUCCUGCAUGGAAGGAAUCCGAGUAAGAGUCCUGAACAUCCCAGCUGCAGUGGACUUCCUCAAAUGACUCACAGCCAGACAUUUUGUGCUUGAUUUUAAUAAACCUUUAAAAUGG